UCCCACCCUCACCCAUUGAAAAACUGCCCAUACCCGUCCUCCCUCAAUCCCCCUCCCCGGAUCCCACACAUAAUCCGCACCCACAAUGGCGCGCCACAAGCAAGCCACCCCCCUCCACCGCGAGCACUCCUCCGAAUACACCAGCAGCGCAGGCCGCAUCGGCACACCCACGAAGCUCUCUCGAACCCUCGAUUCCCCCGCGGACGCCGCGGCGCCGAUAAAAGCCAAUGGGCACGUCAAUGGCGCUUCUGGUGCCCCGGUGGUGUCGCAGAAGAAGAAACAGGCUGGGUUGUUGGAAUUGGUUAUUGGAGUUGCGGGGAUCUAUGCUUCUUUUCUAACAUGGGCACUCCUCCAAGAACGCCUUACAACAACCCCCUACGGCCCCGCAGGCGCAUCCGAAGUCUUCAAAUUCCCCAUCGUCCUAAACACAAUCCAGUCCCUCUUCGCCGUCCUCACCGGGCUCUCCUACCUGCACCUCUCGCGCCCCGCCAACGCCCCCACCCCCGCCAUCUUCCCCACGCGCGCUAUCACCCUCCCCCUCGCCGCCGUGGCCUUGACAGCCAGUCUGGCUAGUCCGUUUGGGUAUGCAAGUUUAGCGCAUAUCGAUUAUAUCACCUUCAUCCUCGCCAAGUCCUGCAAGUUGUUGCCGGUGAUGUUUCUGCAUGUUACACUGUUUGGGAGGAGGUAUCCGUGGUACAAAUACCUCGUCGUCUUCACCGUCACCGCCGGCGUCGCGGUAUUCACUCUCCACGCCUCGUCUGCAAAAAAGCACGCUUCGAAGGCUGGGGCGGAGGAGAAGAAUAGAGCGUGGGGUUUGGUGAUGUUGGGGGUUAAUCUGUUGUUGGAUGGAUUGACGAAUACGACGCAGGAUUAUAUUUUUAAGAUGUUCCAGCCGUAUUCGGGACCGCAGAUGAUGUGUGCAACGAAUAUUUUGGCGUCCGCUCUCACAAUCUCUUACCUUAUGAUCUCCCCCCUCAUCGCCACCACGCCGCUGGGGGUCUACCUAGGCCUCGACCUCACCUCCGCCGCCACGGGCGGAGAAUUCCCCACCGCCAUGGGCUUCCUCAACCGCAACCCCGCGGCAUGGGUAGACGUCCUCGGCUUCGCGGCGUGUGGAGCGGUGGGACAGCUGUUUAUCUUUUACACGUUGAGUGUGUUUGAUAGCGUGCUGCUGGUGACGGUCACGGUGACGAGGAAGAUGUGUACGAUGGUGCUUAGUGUGCUGUGGUUUGGACAUAGGUUGAGUGUCGGGCAGUGGGUGGGGGUGGGGUUGGUGUUUGGGGGGGUGGGGGGGAAGGAUGGAUGGCGAGGAGGGAGAAGAGGAUGA